CUGGAAAAGGAUGCAAUGCUAACUUGGACGAAGGUAACUUGGAAGUCGGCAAACUUGAUCCGUAACUUCGGAACAAGGAUUGGCUCUGAGGGUCGGGGUGUAUCGGGCUUGGCGGGAAGCGUAGACGUGCCGGGAGCCGGGCCUGGUCGCGUCCCCGCGCGUUCGCGCCGUCGUGAUUCUCUGCUCGGUUCCGCGCCUUGGCCUCACGCGGAUCUUCCUUGCUGUGAGGCGUUGGCUGUCUGGUCGCGUGCGGGUCCGUAUCGGGUUAGUCCCCUCCGGGGGCGCCGGUGCGGCCGGCGUGGACGGGCCUCCUGUCUCCGCGGUCGCCGUUCAACGAUCAACUCAGAACUGGCACGGACCAGGGGAAUCCGACUGUCUAAUUAAAACAAAGCAUUGCGAUGGCUCCCACGGGUGUUGACGCAA